AUGGGUUUCAUCUCCUGCUCCUCAUUUUCGACGACAAUACUAAGAAUUCCAUCGACCCGUUUCUCAAAGCAGUCGACUGUAGCAUCUUCGUAUACACCAAAGUUUGCUUUGAGACGCGAGGUUAAACCCAUUCCUUCAUUGUCACUAUCAACGUCUUCAAUUAUGGCGACUUCUGUUCAAGCCUCUUCUUCCUCCACCACCAUUGGUGAGACCAGUGAUGGCUUGAAGGUCCAGCCUUAUGUUUCAAUUGGAGCAAAUGAUUUGCUGAUCGUUGGACCAGGUGUUCUUGGACGCCUAGUUGCAGAGAAAUGGAGAGAGGAACAUUCAGAUUGUCAAAUCUUUGGCCAGACAGUAACAACAAAUCAUCAUGAUGAGUUGGAGAAGUUGGGUAUCAAACCAUCUCUUAAGGAAACUGAGUUUGAUGGCAAGUUCUCCUAUGUGAUCUUUUGUGCACCUCCCUCACAAAGCCCAGAUUACGCCGCUGAGCUCAGGCUAGCAGCAUCAAAGUGGAACGGCGAAGGAUCAUUCUUAUUCACAUCUAGUUCUGCACCCUAUGACUGCUUUGAUAAUGGAGAAUGCAAUGAGGAUUCUCCCGUAGUGCCACUAGGAAAGAGCCCGAGAACCGAUGUGCUUUUGAGAGCUGAACAAGUAGUGUUGGAAAGUGGAGGGACUCAUUAUGUUUUUUUCCUGAACUUUUUAUACACAGAGACAAGAGGUGCACAUACUUACUGGUUGAGUAAGGAGACAGUUGAUGCUCGUCCUGAUCAUAUCCUGAACCUCAUACACUAUGAGGAUGCAGCAUCAUUGGCUGUUGCAAUCAUGAAAAAGAAAGCUGGUGGUCGGAUUUUCGUGGGCUGUGACAACCAUCCUUUGUCAAGGCAAGAGGUGAUGGACCUGAUGGAUCAAAGCGGAAAAUAUGAUAAGAAGUUCAAAGGUUUCACCAGCACUAGUGGUCCUUUAGGGAAGAAGCUGAACAACUCACGGACACGAGAGGAGAUAGGAUGGGAGCCGAAGUAUCCAAGCUUUGCUCAGUUUCUUGGAGUAUCCAAGUAA